CGAGAAGCAAAGUGUGGGCCGAGUGACGCCGCUACUCUGUGGCAGCGCUCGAACGUGAGGCUAUUUAAAACUCUGCGCAGGCCCCAUGGCGCCGAGUCGACAACUAAUGAUCAGUGCUGCUCUGUCUACCGUCGAGUGCGUAGCUUCGCGUGAUCUGUGUUUACACUGGGACAUAACCCGAAAGUGUUUGUUUAGUUACAACAGUUUUCACAUUACAUUUACGUGAAAAUGGCUGACAGUGGUCUUAAGAGGAAUAUUCCCAUCAAACUUGGAGAUUUUUCAGUUAUCGAUACCGAAUUCUCAAGCAUCAGGGAACGUUUCGACGCCGAAAUGAGGAAAAUGGAAGAGGAAAUGAGCAAAUUCAGAUCCGAACUCAUGAACAGGGAAAGCAAUAACUUUUUCAAGAGCACAACAAGGUCUUACAAUUACGAAUCUGUUUCCUCCGGAGGAGUAACCAAGUCGUCUGAGAGCUCGUCGACGACAUCUCAACAUAGUGAUAGCAGACAGUUGGCUGAGCCUAGCCACUGGGACAGCCUGAACUCGCCUCUCAUUCAGGAUGAAGGUGACGGCAAGUCCCUCAAGCUCCGUUUCGAUGUCAGCCAGUAUACACCCGAAGAAAUCGUCGUUAAGACUGUUGACAACAAAUUGCUGGUUCACGCAAAACACGAGGAGAAAUCGGAUACAAAGUCGGUGUACAGAGAAUAUAAUAGGGAGUUCUUGCUGCCGAAGGGCACGAACCCCGAGGCCAUCAAGUCAUCGCUGUCGCGAGACGGCGUGCUGACUGUGGAGGCGCCGUUGCCACAACUCGCUAUCACCGAUCGGAACAUCCCCGUUCAGAAGCACUGAGCAAUGAAUCUCUAGCCGUCCCACACGACGCAGCUAUUCCAUACUGUUAAUAAUUUAUUUUUAAUUUACGUUUUAUAAAUUAUACUGUAAGGAGUAUUCGCGGAUUCUAAGAUAUUUAUUUUGAAUCUUAAUUAUAGAGAAUCUCAAAAUUUAAUAACAUUAGUUGAAUACUUUAAUAAUUUGUUAACUAUAUUCAUUUCCGAGCUAAUUUAAAAUGGUCAAUUGCUAAGCACAGGCGAGAUCUGCACCGUUCACAUUGAAUGUUGCUUUAUCUGUGAUUGUCGGAAGUAGGUAUGUGCAUUCUUUGAUGCAUUUUCCUCGUUGUCAGCGAUAUUCCAGUGAUACAAAGAGGAUAGGAAAUAAAACACUGGACGUUUAAUAGUCACACUGUUUUAGAUAUUUCAUACAAAUCAUUAGAGAUCUGUUGAUUUUUUAUGGCCUAUAUUCUAUGACCUCAUAAUAGGGAGCUUAAACUCGUGUUCAUUAAAGUUUUUGUACUGGCUUUCAAGUUGGAACCACCGCUAUACAGUGUCUUAUUUACACAACGUUUUGUAAAAUAGCUCUUUGCUUAACAUUACCUCUAAACAGUAACAAGCAUGUUCAAAGGAAACACCAUUUUAACAGCUUUUAACUUGAACACAUAAUUAUAUUUUAGUACAAACCGUUGUUAAAAACUUUUAGAUAUCAAUAAAACA